AUGCCUCUUGAGGCAUCUGGGCUCAAAGCUGCCGAGCCUGGGCUGGGCAUUUUGCCACAGGCCAGAGGGAAAGAAGACCCAGUCACAGACAAGGGCAUGCAGCAUUUUGAAUUCUUUUGUGACCAGAGCACGAACCAAGAGGAGAUUACAAGGACGCGCUUUCAGAUAAUGCCCCAACCUCUACCGUGUUAUACAGGUAGAGAACAAAACACAGAGGCGGACAGGGACUGCCAAAAUACUGAGACCCAGUGGCAAAGCCAGAGGAUGAGCCUGCCGGCAAACCAACUCAAGGAGCUCAGCCAGGAGUCUCUGCCCUCCAACCAACUCAAGGAACGCAGCCAGGAGUCCGGGAUCUUGGGCUUUGACCCGGACAUUGUUGUGGAGCUGAACGUAGGUGGACAGUUCUACACCACCACCAUGGGCACCCUGAUGAAACAUCCAGGCUCAAAGUUCUCCGAGAUAUUAUCCCGAUCAGACACACCUCAGGGUUUGACGUCCAGCUCUGCACCACCCGCCUCAGGCUUUGACUCGGUCCCGCCUUCAGGACGCUCCCGGACUUCCGUUUCCGCUGGAGCCAAGGCAGCCGGGUGGCCGGGCAGUCGAGCUUCAGGAAGCGGCCUCUCUAUCCUGGAGCCGCAGUGCCUUGUGGGAUCGCGGCGGAGUUUGGGGUGA